CAGGGCACUGCUUAGGCUCACCAUACUCUCAAGUACCCACUCCAUGUUGUGUCUGCAGCACUCAGAAACUGCUUUUAUUCCAAACUUCUUCAUCCUGAGAUAAAAUCAGCCUGAAGAAGAAUUGGGUGAAAUGAGAAUUCUCAGACAUUGCUAGUAGUGUAAAAUGGUGCAGCCCUGAGAGAAGCUAUGUGCAAUUAUUGAGAAAGUGGAACUGCAGUCUUCGGGUGGAGCAUUGAUUCCAGAAUGGAAAGUGGUGUCCACAGAGAAUAGGGGACAACAGGGAUUCAGCAGGACUCAUCAGAACAGCCCAACUAGUAACUUCUCAGAUGCCCAUCAUUGAUGAGUACAAACAUACAAUGUGGUCCAUGGGAUAUUGUUAAGUUUGGAAUAAUAUAUGCAAUUAUUUGGCCGUGAGUUAGUCAACAUUCUGUUACUCAAAGAAAUCUCUGACACAAUCAUCUUAUUUGAAGGAAAGGUUAAUAUAGACUACUGAUUGUAGUGAUUUUCUAGUUUUCUGAGCUCAUUCCUUUGGGCCUAAAUUGAGGCAACCUGUGGUACAGAGAGCUUCUUCAGGAGGAAGCUGCCCUCCUUGGAGGCACUGGGAAGCACUGAGUGAGAGCAAGGGGCUGGUCCACUGCCAUCCAGUGGUCCUGUGCUGGGGAACUAAGCCUUCAAUGCACAGACUGGGGAACUUGCUAGGAGAGCUUAGAUUACAGAUCAAGGAACCCUGGUGUUCACCUGUGUGUGUACAGGAUUUCAAGGCAAGCACCACAUUGACUUAUCUGCCCACUGAGUUCUUCUUCCAUAUCAACAGGCAUGCAUGUGUUAUACAGACACACAGGCAGGCUGAACACCUGCACAUAUAAACUAAAAAUAAACUGAAAAAUGAUCAAAACCGAGUAAAAGUACACAAUCUUCUCUACAUCCUUGUGCUCAAAGCAUCCUGUAUUUCCUGACUCUAGGCUGAAAUACGGGUAGAGAGGAUGUAGGUUAAUGAAAGGUAACUUUCUUCUUCCUGGUAUCUCAGGCGAUCUCUUCUUACUCUUAUUAGUGUCAUCUGGGAAACUAAGCAUGGAUGGAAUUUAGUGUGCUUGUAUGUGUGCAUCCACAUACAUGUGUGUGCUGGAGAUAGAAGGAUAGAUGUAUGGAUAGAUAGAUAGAUAGAUAGAUAGAUAGAUAGAUAGAUAGACAGAUAGAUAGAUAGAUAGAUAGAUAGAAUGUGAGUGUGUGUAUGUGUGCAUGUUUAUGUACAUGGUGAGGAUGCCCUCCCCUAAAAAACAAUCUUCUAAUGAACAGGAACAUCAAAGACUUGAGGAAAAUCUUCAGUCCCUGCUGAAGCAGAAGGAGCUGCUCACCAAGCAAAGGGACUUGGCAGUAAAGCUGCAGCAUCACUUCACUGUGUCCCAGAUGAGGUUUGAAAACCUCCAGCAGGAACUGGAGCAGACCACAGCCCAGGAAGAGAGCCUCCUGCAGAAGGAGCUGCUGGUGCAGAAACACUAUGUUCCAGCAUCUCUUCAGAAAACUGAGAAAGCUGGAAGAAGCCAGAGACAACUUGAAGGCAUGACAUUCUACACUCCAGGUUCACAGCCUCCUCAGAAAAUGCCACCUCUUUUCAGCUGUGAACUCACUAGUGAGGCACAUAUCAACCUACCAUCAGGCAGUCCAGCCACAGUCUGAUCCACAUCCAUUGGUUCAGUAUUCCCAGAGAAAAGAUUGUAUCAGAAAUCGUCUGAGAUUCAGAGGACACAACACAAAUUACUUAGACCCCUGACAUCCAUCAGCUCAUGGCCACAGUGAGGGGCAAAACAACAUGGAAGAAGACAUGUGGGUGAGCAAGAUUUCUUCUGUCAGCUUCCUAUCAAGGGCUUUGAAAAACUGAUUUCGUAUGUGAUGGAAAUCUGAAAAGGAAGACUGUGAUAACAUCACACUGCCAUCCAGACAGACCACACCCAAAGCAUAAGAUUCUCAAGUGCAGUGCUGAAGCUGAUGCCAUGUCAUAUGCUAGUGUUGCUGAAGAUAAUUCACUGCAGAGAGUAAGCUAGGUCCUCACCUCAUUUGCUCUUCCAUAAUGAAAUUCCAAUGGAUCCUGAAAUUUGCUUAAUUUUUUUUUGUUUAUAUGUUGGGAUAUUUAUGCUUUAGAUUUUGGUUUUCUUCAUUUUAGUUUAAAGUUUUGUUAGUUUUUGUUAUUGGGUUUUAACAGUUUGCUAAGGCUAUACAUUGUAUAUAAUGACUGAUGUUUUGAAAGACCCCAUUGAGUAAAAUGAAUGUAUUUUUAUGAAUAAAAUCCAAUUUAGCUUCA